ACAUAUUGUGCUGUUGAAAUUUCGAACGUUUUCUGAGGACUUAUAAUAUCAAAGUUGUUAAUUAUUUGAUAAGCUUUAAACCUUUAAACUUUUGCUUUUCAAAUCAGUUUGAUUAAUAAUAGUGGAGCUCUGCAGCUUUCUAGUUUCCACUCAGCCAAAUCAUCGCAUUCAAGCUUAGCAGCAAUAUUAAUUAGCUCACUUUACCUAUGCCGGUAAUGAUAAUGAACCGACCUUGCUUCAUGAAGAAUAUCAUCAGAUGCAUCAGAUACAUCAGAUAAAAUGUUCGAAAGUAAUAACUGACGACUGAAUUCGAUCGCAGACUACUCGUGAGCUCUAAGAUUGAUACUAACGGUGAUUGUAUUUUCGAUAGUUUCUUCCUUAGAUCACGAGUCACGAGCUACUUUAUCUAUCUAGAAGUUGUCGUCGUUCAUUAUGUUCCAAUUUGUGACUUUGCUUCAGUAGUUACCUAAAACUAAAUUCAGCAGCAUCUUGUGUAAUUCAGUUUUUACUAUCCUACGAUAAAUAAUCGAAGACCGAAGUUACAAUAAAAAAAUCUUGUUCACUAGCAGAAAUUUUUAUAGACGUGUGUAGCAAAUGGUGCUGUACUUUGAAACCUUCAGUGUGUUUUAUACAUCAAGAAAGCAAGAUAUAUAAUUCCACAUUUGCCUCUUAACUCGAAGAAAACUCAAAUUGGAAUCUCUUACAGUGUAUUGUUCAUAACAAGGAGAAAGCGAAGCGAUGCUGUUGAUCUUGUCAUAAUCGACCUAAGUUGAUAAGUUUUCAUUACUGUGGAUGAAGAAUUUGAACGCUUGCUGAGAUUUCGUUGGUCGAGAGGUGUUACCAAGUUCAACAAGCUGUGAAAAUGUUUUCCAUCUGUAAAGGCCACACACAUCUGUCGAAGCAGUUAUAUUACUUCCGUGAAGGUAGCACAAUGAAGUUGUUUCCUUAUCUUCGAGGUCGUAAUUACUUCUCAAAAAAAUCAUCGUAUUACGUGCAAGAAACAAUGAUAACAGCACUGUCUGACGUACAAGAUAGUGUUGAUUUUCCAAAACGAGUUCGUUAUAGUCGUAAUUCCAAUGUAAAACAGGCGUUUCUUACCUUAUCAAAUUGCGCUAAUUUUUCCAAGGAAUUACGUUAUGUGCAUACGAAAAUCGCCGACUUCAGAACACACGCUGAUUUCUCCAAGCAGUUAAAAUUUACAGAAAAAAACUCGACCGAGGAAGUUGGCGAUUUGGUGCGAGAAUGGCUCUUACGUUUCGAUUCUUUGGGCCGAAUUGAAGCUAGUGGAAUUUCCGGCACGUUUAAUAGUUUAUUAAAAUACAGUAUUUUUAGUUCUGAAUGGAAUAUCGAAUAUCGAGAAAAUUUCAAGCAGUUAAUCGUUAAAUUGGCUGACAAAGGAGACCGGUUAUUAGAUCCAAAUAGUCGAGCUUCUUCUAAAUUUAGCUUCUGGCACGUUGCUAUCAGUUUGAAAGCGUUAUCCAAAUGGAAUGUGCUGAAUAGCAAUGUAUGGAAAGGUUCUGUUCAAAUUAGUAACCAGGAAAUAUCCAAGGUUGAUUUAUUUGGAUCUCUGAUUAGCGGUUUGAUAUGUCGAGGAACGUGGAUACUGGAGAAUGAAACAGCUGAUCAACUUGAUUCUCAACGUAUCACUGAUUGUCUUAGCGCUCUAUCGAAAUGGAACAUUAACGAAUUAAAAGGAUCCAAGGAAUUCAUCAGUCGCUUGGUACAAGAAGGCAUCAAAAUUAUUAAUCAGUUCAAUUCUUUAGCUGUUUCAAAGAGCCUGAGUGCUUUAUCUGGGUGGAAUAUAGACGAUUUCGAAGGUGCCAGAGAAUUCAUCAUACUGCUGUUUGGACGAAGAAGUUCAACUGGUGAUAGAUUUACUCCUUUGAGUAUUGCCAGAACCUUGAACGCAAUGUCUAAAUGGGAUGCCGAAGAAUUGCGAGGAUCCAAGGAGUUCAUAAUUUACUUAAUGAAACAAGGAACUUCGUUAGCGAAUAAAUUCAAUUCAAUGGAGAUUGCGCACAGUUUGAACGCUUUGUCCAAGUGGAACGUCGACGAGAUUCAAGAAGCUAGAGGUUUUAUUGUUUCGUUAAUCAAAAAUGGAAACUCUAUCAUUGAUACAUUUACUUGCCAAGGUAUCAGUAAUUGUUUAAAUGCGUUUUGCAAAUGGAAUAUUGAUGAAUUACAAGGUUCCAAAGAGUUCAUCGUUUCUUUAAUAAAACGAGGAAGUUCGACAGCCGGUGGUUUUAAUUCUCAAGAGAUCUCCAAUAGUUUAAACGCAUUGUCCAAAUGGAAUAUUCACGAGUUGGACGGUAGUAAACAUUUCAUCGUUCAAUUGGUCAGAUGUGGAAUUCUAACUGCUGAUACAUUCGACUCGCUGAGUAUUUCUAGCUCCUUAAAUGCUCUAUCGAAAUGGAAUACCGACGAAUUUGAAGGAACCAGGGAAUUUAUUACUCGAUUAAUAAAACGUGGAUUUUUGUUAAUCAAUAGAUUCAAUUCGCAAUGUAUUGCCAACAGCUUCAACGCUCUCAGUAAAUUAAAUAUCGACGAAUUUGAAGGAGCCGAAGAAUUUAUCAUCGAGCUACUGAAGCGAGGAAAUUCUUCAAUUGACAAAUUCAAUGCUCAAGAGACUGCAAAUAUCUUGAAUGCGUUGUCCAAGUGGGAAAUCAACGAGCUGAAAGGAAGUAGAGAAUUCAUCGUUCGUUUAAUUAAACGUGGGAAUUCAACGAUCACGAGAUUCGAUUCCCAAAACGUUAGUAAUUGCUUAAAUGCUCUUUCAAAAUGGGAUAUCGAUGAAUUAAAAGAAACCAGGGAAUUUAUUACUCGAUUAAUAAAACGCGGUCGUUCGUUGAUGAAUACAUUCAACUCGCAAGGCAUUGCCAGCAGCUUGAACGCUCUCAGUAAAUUAAAUAUCUACGAAUUUGAAGGUGCCAAAGAGUUUAUCAUCGAGCUACUGAAGCAGGGGAAUUUUUCAAUUGACAAAUUCAAUGCUCAAGAGAUUGCAAAUAUCUUGAAUGCGUUGUCCAAGUGGAAAAUCAACGAACUUCAAGGAAGUGAAGAAUUCAUCGUUCGUUUAAUUGAACGUGGGAAUUCAAUGAUCACCAGAUUCGAUUGCCAGAAUGUUAGUAAUAGCUUAAAUGCUCUUUCUAAGUGGAAGGUCAAUGAAUUAGAAGGAGCUACAGAAUUUAUUGCAGCACUGGUCAAACAAGGGAAUUCAAAUUCUGGUGAAUUCGAUUCACAAGAGGUCGCUAAUAGCUUGAAUGCUCUAUCCAAGUUGAAUAUUGAUAACAUUCCAGCAGCUGCAGAUUUUAUCGUAAAUUCAAUCACUCGUGGAAGUGCUAUUGUUGAUGAAUUUAUUCCUCAACACGUUUCCAGCAGUUUGAGCUCGUUAUGUAAAUUGAAUAUUUUUGAUGACCAGAAAUGGAACGAUAAUCAGUCGAAAAACUUCAAACAUUUCAUUAUCAAACUUGCCAAAAAAGGGACCGAAAUAUGCGGCGAGUUUGAAUCUCGAAGCGUCGCUGAAAUAUUCUAUGCUUUUUCAGAACUGAAAAUUCUGAGUAAAGACAAAUGGACGCCGGAUGAACAGAACCGGCUGAAGAAUUUCCUUGUCAGUAUUUCUAGUCUGGAUGCUUCGUAUAAUAAUCACACCCUCCAGGAUAUUUCAAGAAUAUACAGAACGAUAUCUGAUUUGAAUGUUCUUCAAAAUGACCAAUUCGACUUAAAACAGGUUAAUAUAUUUAAAGAUCUCGUCAAUAAUCUGCAAAAUCGAAUUCUCAUCCUUGGAAAUGAACAGAAUCUGGUGAAACCCGACGUUAAUAUCAGAUUUGCAGUUGAAAUUAUCAAUGAUUUACCAGAGCUCAAGUCUAAAAAUCUUAUUCUGUCUGAAAAUCAAUUACUGGUUUCGUUGAUGUGUUGCUUAAGUAAUAAUGUGAAGAAAUGCGGAUCUUAUCAUCUGAAGAAAGAUUUGAUUCGAGGAAGUAUUUUGACUGGGUUGCAUAAUCUUUUGAAAAUUGUCAGUGAAUUGGAAGAUAGACACUAUUUAGAAGGAGCAUUUGAUGAGAGUUUGUCUAAAAUAUACGAUAAAAUGGUCGGAAUUGAUAUGAAUCAUAUUGAUGAAAUAGUAGACGUAAUUUAUGGAUUUGAUAAAUUAAAAGUGAUUCAAGAUAUGCAGUUUUUAGGUAAAUGAUCGUUUUCAAGCUGUGAUAAUUUAGGUUUGGAAAUUUCUUUGGUAGAACGCUCGUGUUAUUUUUUGGUUUUAGAGGAAUUGCUAUUUAAAAUUGAAGUAUCAAACAUCUGAAAUGUACGAAAAUGAAGGUUUUUUUCUGUUCUGAUCAAAUUAUUUUUGAUUUGCCUACCCUUGUUUUAUUUUCAUAGUGUAUUUGUAAAUAAUUAUGUAAAUUUCAAAACUUCCUAUUUUUGUUACUCGUUUCGUUGUUUGUUGUUGUUUUUUUUUUUGAAUUUUCAAUAAAUCGAUUGAAAUUGGAA